GGAGAGGGGUAAAGUUAUUUUUGUGGACAGAGCCCACCGUUACUCAACUGCGCUCAUUUCACUCUGAGUUGCAUUGGGAAAGAAGACUGUACCUGUGCCUUGGGAAUUUAAAUCUGAUCAUUAUCAAAGCCUUCGUGAAUUAGGAAGACAAUCUUAUGAAGGGAGAGAGAAUAUCAAUCUAAAGAAGCUUCAUCUGACAUAUCUUGCAACAGGCCCCAUCACUGCGUGUCUGAAAAAACGGCAACAUGACUGAAGUGAUGAGCGUGGCGGAUGCGUCUAUGGACACGAUGCAUGAAAACAACACAGAUGAUGCCAAUGAAACACUGAUCGUAACUAAUGACAAAAACCAUGAAGAAGAAGACAACACGACGGGUUCUGCAGAAAAGUGUGACAGUAGUUGCAUGACCGAAGAGAUGAACAAUGUUGCAGAUAAACCACAGAAGACCACGCAACAAGAGAAGGUAAAGACUACGGACAGAGCAAGGAAGCGCGAAAGGGUACAAAAAAAUGAAGCAAACAUCACACAGGUGGAAGAUAUGAAUGAUGUGGGUGAUGAAUUACAUGACACUGAUGUGACGAAUAUGUCAGACGUGGCAUUAAAACAAGAGAAACUGCUUAAAACAUCUAAGCCCAUACUGAGGAGUUACGUUCCCAAGUUGGGCAAAGAAGAUGUAAAGAAUAAAUUUGAGGCCAUGCAGAAAGCUAGAGAAGAGAGAAACCAAAAGAGAAGUCAGGAUGAGCAAAAGAAACGCAGGGAUCAGUACGUUAAAGAAAGAGAAUAUAAUCGCAAGAAGCAAAUGAUAAAAGAACUUCUCGCCUCCAGCGAUGAAGAAGAGGAGGUGAAACCGGCCAAGAUAGAAAAAUCAUACGUUCCCAAGAUUACAGGCAGUGUAAAGGGGAAGUUCGCAGAGAUGGAGAAACAGAGGCAGGAGGUGGAGAGGAAAAGAACAGAAGAGGAGAGAAAGAAGCGGGCUGCACAAGAGGCUUUAGAGAAGGCCAAGAUCCAGAAAGAAUUGGCCAAGAAAGCCGAAGAGGAAGGCGAUGAGAGCAUUUUGGUGAGAGUGGUGCCCGCAAAAUCACAGAAAGCACCAGGAAAAAUAAAGAUCAACUUUGAAGACAUGGAGAAGAACCGAGAGGAAGAACUAAAGAAGCGAACAGAGGAGGAGAAGAAAAAGAGAUAUGAUGAAAACCGCCGGUCUUUCCGUGAGGCCAAGAGACGCUCCGUCGUUGAACAAGAGGAUACAGAGUCUCAGCCAAAAGAAAAGGAGCAGGUGACUCCUGGAAAACUGCGCCUGACCUUUGAAGAGCAGGAGAAAGAGAGACAGGAGCAGCAGAAAAAACAGGCAGAAGAGGAGGCCAAACGCAGACUGGAGGAGGAGAAAAAAGCCUUUGAAGAGGCAAAGCUGGGCAUGGUCCCAGAUGAAGACGAAGGUCAGGUCACCCAGGACAAGAAGGAAGAAUUCAGGCCUGGUAAACUGCAGCUCAGCUUUGAAGAGCUAGAAAGACAAAGGGUGGAAGAUGAACAUAAACGAGUGGAAGAAGAACGAAAGAGACGAAUUGAAGAAGAGAAAAAGGCCUUUGCAGAGGCCAGAAAGAGCAUGAUUAUUGAUAGUGACGAUGACAUCCUGCUGGCCAAGAUAAACUCAGAUGGGGCCAAACCUGGGAAGUUGGCCAUCAGCUUUGAGGACCUGGAAAGACAGAGACAAGAGGAAGAGCACAAAAGAAAAGAGGAAGAGGCCAAGAAACGCCUGGAGGAAGAGAAAAGACUUUUCGCAGAAGCUCGCAAAAGCAUGAGCCCAGGACUGGAUCGGGAUAAUAUAACUGGAAAUGGAGAUGAAAAAGUGCAAGAUGAUGAUGAUAAUACUCUAGUACGGACAGAGUCACAGGAAGCAAUGCAUCCUGGGAAACUUGAAAUCAACUUUGAAGAGAUGUUAAAAAUGAAAGAAGAUGCAGAGAGGAAGCGCAAGCAGGAGGCCAGACGCCAGAAAAUGGAGAUGGAGAAGAAAGAGUUUGAACAGCUGCGGCAAGAGAUGGGCGAGGAUGAGAUUAAUGAAAGCACUGAGGUGGUGAGCAAUGAGUACGAAGAGCUGACAAAGCUGAAGCGGACCGGUACCAUUCACGCCAAAUCCCUAAAGUCCAAGUUUGAGAAGAUUAAGGAGCUCACAGAGGAAGAGAUCCAGAAAAAGAUUGAGGAGGAAAGAGCACGAAGGAAAGAAAUUGAUGAGAAAAUCAAGGAGAGGGAGGCCGAGCGAUGUCAGGAGGAUGAAGAUGAUGACAAAACAACCCCAGUUAAGGCAGAGGAUGUCCCAUUCAGACAGAAAGUGGACAUGCGUGCGCGGUUCGAACAAAUGGCAAAAGCGCGAGAAGAGGAGCAGAAGAAAAGAAUCGAAGAGCAGAAGAUACAGAGGAUGCAGUUUGAACAACAAGAGAUUGACGCUGCUCUUCAAAAAAAAAAGGAAGAAGAGGAGGAUGAUGAAGGUAGCAUCAUCAAUGGUUCUGCUGCCUAUGAAGACGAAGAAGACCAUGCCAGGUCGGGUGCUCCAUGGUUUAAAAAACCCCUGAAGAAUCAGUCGGUGGUUGACGCAGAGCCCGUACGGUUCACAGUGAAGAUCACCGGUGAACCCAAACCAGAGGUCACCUGGUGGUUUGAGGGUGAGCUGCUUCCAGACUCAGAAGACUACCAGUACAUUGAGAGAGGAGAGACAUACUGCCUGUACCUCCCAGAAACCUUUCCUGAAGAUGAAGGAGAGUACAUGUGCAAAGCCGUCAACAGCCGUGGCACAGCUGCCAGCACCUGCAUUCUUACCAUUGAAACUGAGGACUACUGAUGCUCUCUUCCUCUGGAUCUUUCCCAGACUAUUUUUUUCUUUUGUAAAAGUUCAUUUCUCACAGUAGGGCCAAAAACUGACGAGGAAGGAGCUGUAUUUCUUUUUUUGCCAUUCCUCCGGAAGAUACGCUCGAUGAUUAAGUGCAAUCCGCUGUUUACAUAAGACGUUGCACUCACGGUUAACAGGAAAACUGGGAUGAAUUUGUGCCAAAACACAGAUAUUGUUCCCAUGGUCUUUUCCUGGUGCAUAGCAUUACUGAUCGGCAUCACUGCAUAGCAUAACAGAAAAAAUAAAUAAAUAGAGUACCACAGUACGACUUAAAGGUGCAGUGUGUAAUUUUUAGAAGGAUCUCUUGACAGAAAUGCUAAAUAAUAUACAAAACUGUAUAAUCAGGGGUGUAUAAAGACCUUUCAUAAUGAACCCUUAGGUUUUUAUUACCUUAGAAUGAGACGUUUUUAUCUACAUACCGAGGGUCCCCUUACAUGGAAGCUGCCAUUUUGUGCCGCCAUGUUUCUACAGAAGCCCUUAACGGACAAACUUUUUUUACGAAGCUGUCUCCGAAGAUGACAUGUUUGUCUGGUGGUGGCUACCGUAGCUUCUCUAUCCGUUUUAAAAGCGAUGGGUGAGCAGUUAACUGAGCCAUUGGUUGCAAUUCGCAACCUCACCACUAGAUGCCACUAAAAUUUACACACUGCACCUUUAAUCCCACUAAACCCUAAGGAUGGAUUUCAAACCCAUAUGAUAGAAUGAAUGAAUGAGAAAUAUUACUUGAGAGUUGAAUUCAGUAUUUGUUAUUAUAGUCUUCCGUUAAAAGGGCUGAGGUUACAUCUUUUUUUAAAAUUCCUAUAAGCACCUCUGUUCAGACUCUGACUUUUUCACUUUGUGAUUUAAAUAUUGCAAGUUUUUCAUAUAAUGUACACAUGGAGCUUUAAUGUCCCUGGAUGUUUCUAUAAUAUCCCCCAGUGUAGUGAGUAAGUGAAAUGUAUGAAUAAUAGGCUAUUCUGUUACGUACUGUAGGUUAGGAGGAAGUGAUUUUAGUUAGGCAAAUCGUCUGUGUAAUGUACAAAAUUAUAAUAAAAUGAAUAAAACCUAA